AUGGCUUCCCAAACCCCAGCCGUUGUCAUGGACAACGGAACUGGAUUCUCCAAACUGGGAUUCGCCGGAAAUGAUGCUCCCUCGUGGGUAUUUCCUACAGCUAUCGCGAUGAAAGGCCCUGGAGGCGGUGCAGGAUCAGGCUCAGGAAGACCAUCAGUGGCAAACAAACCUUCGUACUUGACAGGAGGUGCAGGCGCCAGCUCGAAUCUAGCAGCGAAACGUGGCACAGAGGACCUGGACUUCUUCAUUGGUGACGAAGCCCUCGCCGCCGCAAAUGGCCCGGGAUACAGUAUAAACUAUCCUAUUAGACACGGGCAGAUCGAGAACUGGGACUACAUGGAACGCUUCUGGUCAAAUUCCAUCUUCAAAUACCUAAGAGUCGAGCCGGAAGACCAUUACUUCCUCCUCACCGAACCACCCCUGAACCCUCCCGAAAACCGCGAGAAUACUGCUGAGAUCAUGUUUGAGUCUUUCAACUGUGCUGGUCUGUACAUCGCGGUCCAGGCCGUUCUCGCUUUGGCUGCUUCGUGGACGUCUUCCAAAGUUGUCGACAGAUCUCUCACGGGAACGGUCAUCGACUCUGGAGACGGUGUCACCCAUAUCAUUCCCGUUGCCGAGGGUUAUGUAAUUGGAUCGUCGAUCAAGAGUAUUCCAAUCGCAGGACGAGACAUCACCUAUUUCGUGCAGAGCCUGCUCCGCGAUCGAGGAGAGCCCGAUAGCAGUCUGAAGACGGCUGAGAGAGUCAAGGAAGAAUACUGCUACGUCUGUCCAGAUAUUGUCAAAGAAUUUGCGCGAUAUGAUAAGGAGCCCGAUCGAUUCCUCAAACAUACUGUCACCGCGCCAAAUGGAAGGUCCGUCACAAUCGACGUCGGCUAUGAGCGAUUCUUGGCCCCAGAGAUCUUCUUCAACCCCGAGAUCUACUCUUCGGACUUUCUCACUCCGCUCCCAACUGUCGUCGAUGGGGUCAUCCAAUCUUCGCCGAUAGACGUGCGCAGAGGCCUUUACAAGAACAUUGUUCUGUCAGGCGGUUCAACACUGUACAAGGACUUUGGCCGCAGAUUACAACGAGACAUCCGACAUUUGGUGGACGCCCGCAUUCGAGCAUCGGAGGCCCGUAGCGGGGGGGCGAAGAGCGGUGGAUUGGACGUGCAGGUGGUUACGCACAAGCGACAGAGGCAUGGCCCAUGGUUUGGUGGCAGCUUACUUGGUCAGACGCCUGAGUUUCGAAGUUACUGUCACACCAAGGCCGAGUACGAGGAGAUAGGGCCUAGUAUUGUCAGAAGGUUUGCCUUGCUGGGUGGCCCUGGCAGCUCAUAG